UUAUCCUCUCUUAAAGGUGCUGCUCACUCUUUGUCCCAAUUUUUUGAAUUGACCUUUAUGAACGUGUUGGAGAUUUUUUUUUAUUUUUUGUGCAAGUGGUGACAUGACGGAUACAGUUUCAUAUUAAAAAAAGGUUUGCUUUCCCGUAUGCAGUAAUGUCCAAGUGGUAUUUUGUAGUGUGAGAAAUUCUGCUAGUCCUGGUUGUGUGGGGGUUUUUUGUUUGUUUGUUUUUGUGUUAGGGUGUGUCAUGACUCAGAGGUUUAUGUUUUAGUCUGCAUCUGUAGUUUGGAAAUAUGUCCUAAGUGCAUCUUGACUAAGCACAGAAUGUGGUUUUCUGUGUGAAAAUAGUAUGUACUUUACAUUUUGAGUGGCAGCUUGCAUCAAACUUUAAUGUUAGGCAGGUGUGUUCCUUCCCUAACUCUACACAAGGAGUUUGCAUCUUGGUUUGUGAUUACUUAACCUGCAUGCGGAAGACUUCCCCUUUCCAAAAAAAAUAAAAACAACUCAAAACAAUGUUUUUCUGUUCAGCAACACCUCCUGCCCCAGCUUCAGGCCCUGCAAAGCCCAAAGGCAAAGAUGCCAAGAGUGCACAGGGUUCCUCUGCCCCAAAGGCUGUACCUGGCAGAAGAAAACGCUCCUCUAUGUCUGCCUCUUCCUCUUCUCCUACCUCACCAAAAUCUGCUGCUUCUUCUACCCCCCUGUCACCUGUGCCAUCUCCUCUAGCCUCCACACCUGGCAGUUCCUCUGCCAAUCAGGCUAACCGUGUUACUCCAAAAGUUGUAAAGGCUGGUAAACAAGGAAAAGCUAAGAAAGGAGAGGGAUUUAUUCCUGCUCCUGCCCCUGAGGAGUGCAAGGUCACAGCAGCAAAUGAAAAACCAGUGGAGGCUAACCCCAAACAGCCUGUAGUCGAAGCUAAACCGGCCCCAGUUCAGCCAAAAAAACCUUUACCAGCUGCCACAAAGCCAACUGCAGCCCCAGCUGCUUUUAAAGUUACCUCAAAGCCUGCUGUUGCAGCUCCAGUUUCUUUUUCAGAUACUCUUGCUUCCAGCCCUCCCAAAUCAGCUGAAGUUGCAGUAAAAGCUGUUCCUGUUACUCCAGCUGAUGAUGAUGACCUCCCUCCACUUAUCCCACCUACGAAGCCCAUUAAAAUGCCAGCAUUAGUACCCCCUGUUGAGAAAGAGGGUGCUAAACCUGCUACUGCCCCUGCCCCUGUAGAGGUUAGUAAAGUGUCCCCCAAACCCAAGACAGAUACUGAGCCCAAGCCUGUGCCUGCUGUGCAGGCUAAAGCUGCAGCUAUGGUAAAAUCUACUCCUGUUGACGGUUCUAAAGUGGUUACUGAAGCUGCAGUUGCAGUUGUUGAAUCUGUUAAAAAAGGUGCCAUUGAAGCUCCUAAACCAGUUGCUGUGGCCAAACCUGCUCCUGUUGAGGCCCCUAAGCCAGCUGCUGUGGUCAAACCUGCUGCUGUUGAGGCCCCUAAGCCAGCUGCUGUGGCCAAACCUGCUACUGUUGAGGCCCCUAAGCCAGCUGCUGUGGCCAAACCUGCUGCUGCUGUGGCCCCUAAGCCAGCUGCUGUGGCCCCUAAGCCAGCUGCUGUGGCCCCUAAGCCAGCUGCUGUGGCCCCUAAGCCAGCUGCUGUGGCCAAACCCACUCCUGUUGAGGCCGCUAAGCCAGCUGCUGUGGCCAAACCCACUCCUGUUGAGGCCGCUAAGCCAGCUGCUGUGGCCAAACCCACUCCUGUUGAGGCCCCUAAGCCAGCUGCUGAGGCCAAACCGGCUCCUGUUGAGGCUGCUAAGCCAGCAACUAAGCCUAAACCUGCUCCUGUUGAAGAAACUAAAGCUGCUCCUAAGAUUGCAAAGCCAGCUGCAGAUGUCAAGUCUGCCCCUGUUGAGGUUGUUAAGCCCGCUGCAGAGCCUAAACAAGCUGCUACUGAAGUUACCAAGCCAGCCUCUGUGAAGGGCACUAAGCCUGUUAAUGAGGCUGAAUUAGUUGAUGGUAAGGUGGCUCCUGCUGAGGUUACCAAGCCUGUGAAACCCGCGGCUGAGCCUUCAUCUGCUCCCUUUAAGCCUGCUCCAGUCGAUACCACUAUUCCUUCCCCUGCUCCCCGUAAACUCACAUUUGCUGAGGCAGUUGCCAAACCUGCCACUGUUAAACCUGAGGUUGAGGUAAUCAGUGCAAGUCCUUCUGAACCAGUCUCAUCUUCUAAACCUGCCCCCACUCCUGCUAAAACCCCAGCCAAGGUGGAACCUGUCAUCAAGAACGACGAGGGUAUUUCUUUCAUUCUCUCCUUUUGUCUUCAUCUGUCUUUCCAACUAUCACAGCAUUGUGGGCGCUGCUCAGUUACUUCUAUAUGUUAUUCAGUAGACAAAGUUGUGAAGUACAUUAGCUUUGUUGUAAACUUUUGAAACUAUUACAAAAUGCUACAUAAUUGUUGACGUGGAUGCUUCGGUCACGUUCGUUGUGGCACACUGUCAGCCAUGUUGUGCAGUUUUAUUUGUGCAUUCGGGUAAUGGUCAUUUACAGCAGUUUAUAAUUAAAGUGAAAGAGCUCUAAUUUAUUAGCUAUUUCAGUUUCUCUUAACCUUACUUUUUUAUUUGAAAUUGUCAAGAUGUUACAUGGAUGUAAGUUAUCUUGGGCAUACUGUAUUUUGAAUCACUUUUAACCAAUCUACUUUCAUUCCCCAGGAUUCCCACAGCAAAUAUUCAUUAUAUCUUGCAAGUGUGCAAAUAUGUAAUAAAUGGCAUGUUGUGACAAAAUUUCUGUUGGUUU